CACUUGCACACGACUCGCCCUGCACUGCACGCUGCCCACGCUGCACGGUUUUGCAAAAAAUCACAGCCAUUAUCUAUAGUAGCCAAUAAUCUAUAGUUGACAGUUGAAGACACGCAGCCAUGCGCCUCGUCGCCCUCGCAUUCAUUGCCUCAGUGCAAGCCCUGCGGCUGCCGCCCCGCCUCAUCACGCCGCGGCAGAAGUUCAAGACCACGCUGCUCGCUGAGGCUGAGGCUGCCGCACCACCCGCGGAGGCGCCAAAAGAAGACGAGGGCGCCAGCGUCGCGGCGUCGACGGUCAACCUCGUGAAGUCGAUCGUCGGCGCGGGCGUGCUCGCGCUGCCGGCGGGCGUCGCGGCGUUCUCCGACGCCGGGCCCGCGCUCUGGCCCGCGACGGCGCUGAUAACCGCGCUCGGCGCCGCGUCGGCGUACUCCUUCGGCGUGCUCGGCCGCGUCUGCGGCGCCUACGACGCGGAGACGUACAAGGACGCCUGGGCCCGGAGCGUCGGGGAGAAGAGCGCCUGGGUCGUGACGCUCUGCUGCACGCUGACGCCCUUCCUCGCCUGCCUCGCGUACAGCAUCAUCAUGGGCGACGCCGCCGCGUCCCUCAUCGCGGCGGCGAACCCGGGGCCCCGCGUCUGCUCCGCCCUCAACGCGUGCGGCGGCGCGCGGCGCGGAAGUAUCGCGGCGCUGACGCUCGGCGCCCUCUGGCCGCUCUGCUCGCUCAAGUCCCUCGCGGCGCUCGCCCCCACGUCGGCGCUCGGCACGGCUGGGGUGGUGUACACGGCGGGCUUCAUGGCGAAGCGGGCCCUGGACGGCACGUACAAGGCCGGCGCGACCUUCGUCAAGAGUUUGAGUAGGGACCUCGCCCCGAAGUUCGGGAGCACGCUCGUGAAGCCCGGGUUGGGCCUCGGCGUCUUCGUCGCCAUGUGCGGCACGGCCUACAUGGCGCACUUCAACGCGCCGAACUUCUUCGUCGACGCGGGCAAGGACGAGAAGAAGUACGCCACCAUCGUGAGGCGGGGCUUCGCGCUCUCGGUCUUAUUAAAUGUGGCGGUCAUGGUCGCCGGCUACCUGACGUUCGGCGCGUCGUCGCAAGGCUUGGUGCUGAACAACUACGCCGUCAAGGACUCGCUGGCAUCCGUCGCGCGGCUUCUGUUCGGCGUGUCGACGGUCUUCACGUUUCCCCUGGCAUAUGCUGCUGUGAAAGUAGGGGUCCGCGGCGUGCUGCCCAAGCUCUCCGAGAAAGCGGUCGUUGCGGCACCGCUUGGGCUCAUCACGGCCAUCGCGCUGCUCUUGGACGACGUGGGGGUCGUGGUCUCUCUCACGGGCGCUCUCAUGGGCUCGGCCGUGAUUUACGCGCUGCCCGCGGUCAUGCUGCUCAAGGGCGACAAGGUGCAGAAGGCGGCCUGGGAGAAGAAGCUGGCGCCCUACGGCAUGCUGGGGCUGUCGGCCGUGUCGGCCGUGCUCGGCACGCUCGCGACGUUCGCGUGAGGUCCGUUUAAGUAACCUUAUCCCUC